UUGGGGUCCUCUCCAGUGUCCACACCGCUGCCAUGUUUCGGAUCCACACUGCCGCCCCCAUUCCCGAUCCACUCUAGCGCUGCCACCCCUUUUUCCUCCGACGGCUGAAGCUAGCACCACCGGAGCUGCCGUCCUCUAGAUCGUCUCCUCCUCUUCCCCAAUAGCUAGCUCACCUGUGCAGCUGUGCCCUCGCCAUCUCUCCAUCUCCAGCUGCAGACAGCCGCACGGGAGCUUUGCUAGGAGCAAGACUGCCGAUGCCCGAAUACUGGAGCUCGCCGCCGCCACCACUUCAGCGCUCCCUCCAGCAACAACAGAGCUCCGCAACACCUUCCUCCACUACCACAAGAUCGGCACCGCCGUUCCUCCAGGGGCACUAGAUCGACCGGAGCAGUUCGCUCCCGCCACCUCUUCCUCCAGCCGCGCGACAUCCCAGCCGCUCCUUCCUCUAGCAGCAAGCAAGCUGAGGACUAGACCUGCUGGUGCUGCCAUCCCAGCUCCAGAUGUCUGCUUCUGGUACUUCAGGGGAAAAGCCAUUACCAAUGAAGGCAUGUUUGGGAAGGUGGCUGCCACAAAAGCCAUUCCCAAUGAAAAUUACAAUGCUGGGGAGUGGUGGGCAACUUAUGGACUACAAACUCCUAUAUUGAUGCACAUGGCUUUGAGGAUACUCAACUUGACCACAAGUUCAUCCGGAUGUGAAAAAAAUUGGAGCAUUUUUGAACAAGUAGAUGCAAAGAGGAGAAAUAAACUAGAUGUGCGUCGUAGGGACGAUCUAGUUUAUAUUCAAUUCAACGGAAGAAUGCUAGACAAGAGAAAGAAGUACUCAUCAUCUUGUGAUGUCCUCCUUGGUGAAGAUGCUUCCACAACCCAAGAUUGGAUAUGUGAAGAUGCUUACAUUGAUGAUGAGAUGGGGGCAACCGAAGAUGACAAUGCAAUGGAGCCUCAUAGAAGUCUUAGGGUGAGAGAACUACAUGAAGUGGAAGAGUUCGUUUGCGAUGAUGAAUCUGACAUUGUGCCUAUCAAUGAGGAUGAGGUAGUGUUCGAGUCUGAUGAUGAUGGGGUUGGGAUAGAAGAAUCCAAUGAAAAUGGUGAGGAAGACCAGAUGCAACCUUGAAUCCUAUGACAAUGACAAUGUCGGAGUUUUGCUAGCAGCCUAGCACUUUAUUUUGGACUUUUGGUUGUGAGUUGUGAGAGAAUCAGAGAGAAAAGGACUAUGUGCUCAUUGGUGUUUGGCUGUGUUCUAGCAAAGUAGCAAGAACUAUGUUAUUUAUGUUUUCUGGACUUUCUUAUGACCUUGUUAAACCUUGUUUGAACUUUUCUGGACCUUGUUAUCACCGUAUAUGCACUACUGUACUGUACUACUGUCUA